AUGCCUAGACAGCGAAAUCCAUCCCAUGAUCCACAUUAUUUUGCAACCCCACAGCCACCGUCCGGACCGCCUGCAACGGAGACAACAGCACAGCGAAUGCUUAAAGGCUAUGAUUAUGUGAUCGUUGGUGCUGGUGCAGCGGGAUGUGUCCUGGCUAGUAAGCUCUCCGAGGACCAGAAUGUAUCUGUUCUUCUCCUGGAGGCCGGCGGGGACAAUGCCCAAGUUCGCGAAACGAAAGUCCCAUUGAUGUUCCCAAAGCUGUUUCAUAGCCAGCACGACUGGAAUUACUAUACGGUGGAGCAGCCUAAUCUCGCCUACCGCAGCUUAUAUUGGCCCCGUGGUCGAAUUCUAGGAGGGUCUACGUCAAUGAAUGCUAUGAUAUACCACCAUUGCUCUAAAUCGGACUUUGACGAAUGGGAGCAAGUCCACGGCUGUAAUGGUUGGAGCUAUAAUGACCUUGCACCGUAUUUCCGAUCUAUGGAGCGCUUUACCUCUAAUCCGCAACUUCCAACCGUCGACACGCGAUAUCGCGGGACGACUGGGGACUGGCAGACUGGACACUCGUGGCUAUCUGACAUUGGUGACAAGGGCUUCGUGGCAGCAUGCCAGGAAGUAGGGAUCCCAGCCACCGCUGAUAUAAACACACCAAACAGCUCCCUUGGAGUAACAAGGCUUUCUACGUUUAUUGACCCUAAAGGACAGCGAUCCUCACUUGCAACAGCAUAUCUUCCUCCCAGUGUCCUCAGCCGCCGAAACUUAACUGUGGCAUGUAAUACCCAGGUCACUCGGCUGCUCAUUGAUCGCCUUAGCAAAAGCGACCCGAUAGUAAUAGGAGUUGAAACCCAGGCCUCUCCAGGGGCAGAGAGGUUCCAGGUUCAUGCACGAAGGGAGGUCCUUCUUUGUGCAGGGGCUAUUAACACACCGCAACUGCUACUGCUGAGUGGCAUUGGGCCACUAGAUGAGCUCCAGAAACACGGGAUACCGAUAGUGCAGACGCUCAACGCAGUAGGACGACACCUCAAGGACCAUCUGUGUACGACUCCGAUCAUAUGCAAGGCCAAGCAUGGCGUCACGCUGGACUACUUGUCCAAAGUCCGCUCCGGUCUCCCUGCCUUGGCCCGCUGGCUUCUCUUUGGAAGUGGUCCGCUGACCAGCAAUGCGGGUGAGGCAGCUGCUUUCAUUCGAUCAUCAGAUCAUGUCUCGUCUCAAUCUGAGGGGAUAUCGCCUGAAGAUCACACCUCCAGCAAGAUGGCUCCCGACGUGGAGAUUAUUGGAGCCCCGUUGGGUUUCAUCCAUCACGGGGAAGAAAGCCCAAUGGAUGGAUCCAGCGUCUUUACUAUUGUUCCAAUUUCCCUUCGCCCGAAAAGUGAAGGAACGAUCACUCUCCGAAGUAGGGAGGUGUUCGAUCACCCAUUAAUCGAUCCUAACUAUCUCAGCGAUGAUGGCAACAAUGACCAAGCCGUCCUUUUGACUGCACUUCGAGUUUGCCUGCGAAUUAUGCGUAGCCCAGCUUUGCAGAGAUUCCUCGAGCCUGUACCGGAGAACGAUGAGUCCUCUUCAUACUGGUGGCCGUACUCGAGUUCUGAUAUUGACUCAAUCUCAGAGGAGCAACUGUCCCGCUUCAUGAAAGAGAAGGCUUUUACGCUGUACCACCCUGUGGGCACCGCACGCAUGGGCUCUUCGCCAUCUGUCAGUGUCGUUGAUCCGCAGUGUCGCGUGCAUGGAGUUGGCCGUCUUCGUAUAAUGGAUGCGAGUGUGUUUCCUGAGCAAGUCAGCGGCCAUCCGACUGCUGUGAUUGGGGCCAUGGCUUUCAAAUUGAGUGACAUGAUCAAACAGGAGUAUACAGCGGAAGUGCCCCUCCGAUCUAGCCUAUGA